AUGAGUGGUAGAGAAACUUCCGCCGCAGCGCACAAUGCGGCCAUCAGCAACCGUUCUCGAGCCGUCGCCACGCAGGUCGCAGCACAACAAAGCUGGCUGGAGAAGAAAAUCAAACCUAAGAAAGUUACUGCUCGGUAUCCGUUUAAAGGCACGGCGCUGCUCUAUGCAACCUGUGCUUUUGGUAGCUUGGGAGAUGCUCUUUUUGGGUAUAACUCUGGUAUCAUGUCCGGCUUGUUGGUCAAUCCUGUUUUCGUAUCUCGCUUCUUCAAAGACUACGGAGGAGCCGACGGGACGACUGCUUCGGUCGAUCCCUCGAUCACAGGGAUCUCUGUUGCUUGCUUACAAGCGUCGGCAGCUGUGGGAGCGCUCAUAGCAGGCCGACUCGGGGACAUGAUCGGUCGAAAGAAGUGUGUUCGCAUUGGAGGAUUCAUCUACUUCUUCAGUGCAUUCAUUCAAAUCUUUGCACCGGGGUUCGCAACGUUCGUCGCAGGUCGCACCCUCCAAGGGUUGGGCGUAGGAUUCCUCUCCAUGACCGUGCCUAUCAUCCAAACAGAGAUUGCUGCGCCACAUCGCCGAGGUUUGAUGGUGGGGAUCGAGUACACCUUUUUGAUCGCAGGAUAUAUGCUGUCUUGCUGGGUGGACUUCGGAUUUAACUUCUUGUUGCCAAGUGCAAUGUCAUGGCAGGGUCCGUUUAUCAUACAAAUUGCUCUCUCUUUCGUGUUGUUAAGCAUGUCCUUCUUCCUCCCGGAGACCCCGCGGUGGCUGGCGAAAAAUGGAUUUAUGCAAGAAAGCCUACAGACGGUUGCAGACUUGCAUUCCGGCGGUGACACAGAAGCAGAACAUGUUCAGCAGGUUUUCCUCGAGAUCCAAGAGGCAGUCAUUUAUGAAACCAACCUGGGCAAGUCCACUUGGAAGGAAAUGUUUACCCGAUAUCGCAAACGGACGAUUGUUGGAAUUACGGUGCAAAUGUUCGCACAGCUGAACGGAAUCAAUAUCAUCUCCUUUUAUCUUCCUAGCACCCUCGCAUCUGCUGGAUUUGACAAUCGUAAAUCCCUCCUGUUCACUGCUGCAAAUGCUCUUCCCUAUACGGCUGCCACAAUCGUCACCUGGUGGUUAGCGGACAGAUGGGGCCGGAAGCCUUUGCUCAUCCUUGGAGGUCUCGCCAUGGCUAUACUGCUAGGAAUUGUCUGCGCCCUCACCCAAGCUAAUUUGGGUGUACAUGUCAAAAGUAACAGCCAAUACGCCUUUGUCAUGCUGUACAAUAUUGUCUACGGAUUUACCUGGGGCCCGAUGCCGUGGCUGCUACCAGCCGAAAUCUUCCCGCUCCGGGGCCGGAGCAAAGGAAUGGCCCUGGCUACCACAAGCAAUUGGAUCUUCAACUUCAUCAUUGGUAUGGUCUCUCCAGACGCUUUCUCCGCCAUCCAUGGGUACUUCUACCUGGUGAUUGCGGGUUUCUGCCUCGUCUCGGCCGGCCUGGUACACUUUUACUACAUCGAGACAGCAAACCAUACCCUUGAGGAGAUUGCGGUUGCGUUCGGCGACACGGCGUUCGCGGAUACUGAUACGGAUAUCAUGGAAGUUGCUGACGUGAAGAGUGAAAAUGGGAAAUAUUUAGUGUGA